AUGACCAGUCGCCGACCGGUGGUGGUGGAGGUCGACGCGGAGCAAGGCGGAUGGGUAGGGCUUGUGCGGGUGGGCGAGGCUGUGCAUAGGCUUGCGGUGUGGCUUCCUGAUGGUCGACCGGAGGCGAGGGCAGUGGCUGUGGACCCACAGCUGGCGGCGUGCCUGGCCGGUGCGAGGGGGGCGGUAGCUGCCCGGCUGGCGGCAGCGGCAGACGCACAGACGUUUGUGGAAGAAGUGGAGCACUUGGCAUGCAGAGCGGCACGCGCGGCGGUCGAGGCCGAGGGCAAGCCGCGGAUUGCGUCGCUCGCCGAGUCGCGGGUCUAUGCCGCUCUUGUGGCCGAGCUGGACAAGGUUGGAUGGGGCGUGCUCAAGAGCCUCGACGCAGAGGCCGGGCGCAUUGUGCUGGUGGCUGGCGACGACGAUGGACGCGAGCACGAGCUCGAACUUGUAGUCCGGCCCGAGGGCGCGUCCGGAUGGGCGGUGGCCGCUGCCGCAGCUAUCCCAUUUGAGCCUCGGCUCGAGCCAGGCGUCCUCGACCUGGCCGCCAUCUUGGCCGCCUUCCGCGAGACACUGGCCCAGUAUGUGCCGUUCUGGCGAGUGAUGGACGCUCUUGAUGGAUGUUGCCACGUUCUCGAACCUACCACACCACAUCGCGGCUCAUUUGCGCGGCGGUUAGCGCUCGGCAACCACAUGUCGAUGCACAUCCAGCUCGAUCCGCUCAACCCACAUGCGCUGCCGCGGAUCAAGUUCAUGGGUGCAAACGCGCGGAUCGAGCCGCUACGCAAGGCACUAGCCCGCAACGCGGCGUCCUGGCCGGCGUCGCCUAACCUACCACUCAAGGACAAGCUCGAAGCGGCUCUGGAGACAUGUCUGCCAGCACGACCUGCGGCUGGGAUUGCCGGCGACGGGAUCUCGGAGCUCGAGUGCGGGAUCUGCUACUCGUACAGCGUGGGCGGCGAGAGCAACGAGAGCAGCACCGAGGGCGGUGAGAAUGGGCCAGAUGUGCCAUGUCAAAAUCCGCAGUGUGGGCGGCCGUUCCAUCUCGGAUGCCUCGUCGAUUGGAUGCGAUCGCUGCCGUCGGUCCGACAGGCCUUUCACACUCUCUUUGGCCGGUGCCCGUACUGUUCAGCACCGCUCUCUGUGGACGCGAGUCGGGCGAUGGGAGGGUGAUAUGUGCGGGAGUGUUUAUCGAAGGGUUACGGAUUGCCUGCGGCAGUGGCCUGCUCAAAGGCCUGAACCUUUGCUGUGUACUCGGCGAGCUCGGCCUGGUACACCUCGAGCUUUUCGAUGUUCUUGGCGUUUUCUCGCGCCAGCGCUCCAGAGCCGUGAGCUUGUUCUCAAAGUCGCGGGCACAGGCCUCGACCCGCAUCUGAAGCUUUGUGACAAGCCGGACAAAGCCAUCGGCGCCGAGAAUGGUCAACUGGGCGGUGGCCGGGACGUAGAUGACCUUGGCCACUGGAGCCUCGGUCUCGAUCAUGGCAAACGGAAGCGAGUGCGAGGCGUCAGUGAUCAGAACCUUGCUCCCGUCGCUGUACACCAGCGUCGAGCCCUUGACAAACUGGGGCGCAGUCGCGGGUAGGUUGGCCAGCUCAAACGAGGC